UAGUUACACAGAAUAUGCGUAGCCGUGUGUUAGCGAGCUUGCUAAUGUUACAUAAAAACUUACACUAACGUCUGAGUGUAACCAUUUGGAGAUAUUCGAUAAUCAGGAGUCCAGUUAUGGAUCUUUAUUGUAACUUCUGAAGACACCACAAGAAAAUGGGAAUUGUAAAUUCUAAUCAAACCAGCAUAUUUUCGAACCCCCCUUUCUGUAAGUCUCUGCACAUUGUGAUUUUGGGCCUGGACUCUGCGGGCAAAACCACUGUGCUGUACAGACUGCAGUUUAAUGAGUUUGUGAACACAGUACCCACCAAGGGAUUCAACACUGAAAAGGUGAAAGUGGCCCUAGGUUCCUCAGGAUCAGUAACCUUUCACUUUUGGGAUGUUGGAGGUCAGGAGAAGCUGCGGCCACUCUGGAAAUCCUACACUCGUUGCUCAGAUGGCAUUGUGUUUGUGGUUGAUUCUGUGGAUGCAGAGAGAAUGGAUGAGGCCAAAAUUGAACUUCACAAAAUUGCACGUUUAUCUGAGACCCAUGACGUUCCAAUUCUUAUUGUAGCUAACAAACAGGACAUGAGGCAUGCCAUUUCCCUGGCAGAUAUCGAAAAGGUUUUGGCACUUGGUGAACUGGGUGCUUCUACACCAUGGCACUUACAGGCUACAUGUGCUAUUAUUGGUGAUGGGCUACAAGAAGGACUCGAAAAACUUUAUGAUCUGAUCCUGAAACGAAGAAAAAUGCUACGACAGCAAAAAAAGAAGUUAAUGUAGUUAUACAUUAAGGCAAUAGAAAUAUAACUAUUACAAUGUUACGGAGCAAUCCCCCCCCUUUAUUAAAAGCCGACUGAGUUCUAUCAGUCUUUAGGACUAAUAAAGAAGGUUUGAAAUGUAUUUUAUGGGUAUUUUCUAUUAGGAAACAACAGGAGGAUGGUGGAAACUGUUAAUGGCUGUUAAUGCAGAACAUUUAAACAUUUGUUAAUUGAUUUGUUGUUAAGAAAAAUUCAUUAUGUGUGUUGGGUGUUGGAGAAGUGCAGAUUUGUCUGGGACAUGAAGGAAUGUAUGAAGGAAAUGUAAGUAUUAAGGGGAUGUGUAUUAUAUGAGCUGUAAAAGGUUUUUUCCAAGUUAAUGUGGGACUAUGUACUAAAGACCAGCUACAUGUAAGGUUGAGAAAUGGCACAUCUAAAUGUUCUAAUCCUGCACUUUCUUUAUGUAAUUUAAAGUGGCUUUAUAACACUGUGCUUCACAUUUAAAGAACAGACGCAUUGUAUUAAAAAAAAUUUAAUUUGUAAUGCCAAAGCGUUGGCAAAUAUUGUAUUAUUUCUCAAACUGUUUGUGACAAAAAGCCAAAGAAAACUGGGCCAAGGACAUUUCUGUGUUUUUAUCAAGCAGGGUUAAAAACUCAGUAUAGCCCAGUCUGCCUUUUCACUGAUAAAUCACUGCCCCUUUUGAUUCAUGGGCAUCUAAUUACAUUUACAUUUUCAGCAUUUAGUAGACGCUUUUAUCCAAACCUGAGCAAUUGAGGGUUAAGGACCUUGCUCAGGGGCCCAACAGUGGCAACUUGGCGGUGGUGGGGCUUGAACCGGCAACCUUCUGAUUACUGGUCCAGUACCUUAACCACUGAGCUAUCACUGCCCUAAUUAGAAACAGUUUGCUUUUUGCAUGCUACAGCCACAGUGAUUCAUUGGUCCGAUUCUCUGACGUCUUUUUGCAAAUGGUUUGAGAAGGAAAAAAAUAAGUAACCUUUCGUCAUCACAGCCUUUCUAUAUUAAAAAUGAAGUAAAUGAAGUUUUACUGGUUUGCUGAACUUUAAAUACUCCAACCCUUUUAUGGUCAAGUUUUAUGUAGUUUUAUGUAUUUAUGUAUUUUUCAACUAUUCAGUUCUUUAAAAGCACUUUGUCAUACUAAUAAAUGUAUGAUAUGCACAUAA